AUGUUGACCUGCGAGCCUGCAAAAACCACAAGCAUGUCGUCUGUUUCUUUGGCUCUACCCAACGAGCUUAUGGACUGCCUAACCAUUGAGAUCGACUGCACACACUCUCUCGAGGAAGAAGACUAUUACGAAGACAUGGCAAUGUUCGCAGAGUGUCUCCACAACAUCAAAAAUCUUGCCGACCGCAACGAACGCUUGAACACAAUCUCGAUCAGUCUGAAAUACAUUCAACUCACGACACAGCGAGGCCAUAUGGACCACCCUUCCCAGAUGCUCGCUUUGCAGAAGUUCGCGCACCAGUUCAUGCUUCCCAAGGUCGCUGAGGCCGGGCUCGUACUCGACACCUUCUAUCUCGAGCUUAACUUCGAUGCCGCUCCGAGAAACGCCGCUCUGAUGAGAUGGAUGGUCAGCAUCUGCGCUGAGGACUCACCAAUUACCUCUGAUGUGGGUAUUGGCUACUACCGUGUGAUCCCGAACAAGGAGCACGAGGCCUGGGUGCACUUCUACCGUAGUAAGCAGAGUGUUCACGCUCACGGUCUGUCAUUUGAUCAGUUUAAGGAGAUAGAAGCUAUCUUACAUGGUGAUCAUGUUAAGGAACUCGUGUUGACUAGUUGCCACCUCCUUCACUCGGUCCUCACAAACGAUCACUCGAUUUUUAGCGAUACUCUUGAUCGUCUUGAGAUUAAGGGCCUCCAUGCAUACGUCAUGGUCGAGCUUCUCAACAAAAGAGUUAGACCAACCAGGGUUGGAUUCCAAGUUGACUUUGUCGCCGAGGGCGAUGAAAGAAUUAAGGCAGGUCUUCAAACCCUUUCAAGACGCUUGAAUCCCGUCUAG